CUUGAUAAGACACACAGGCACCAAAUUUCCCUCCGGCUCCUGAAGGCACAUCUCAGGGCAGAAAGUAUCCUUUAGCACCUGUCAAUCCCAGGAGGCUCCUCCCUUCAACACUGAUCAGCUUGCCACAUCCAGCAAGGAGAAUGGAGGCAAGGAGCACCAGUGGAGUAUUUCCCAGCACAAACCCAAACAUCUCAGCCUGGGGGACGGAACUCACACCAACGAAUGGAAAGGAAGGAACCGUUCCUGGAUCUUUCAACAAAAUGAUCCUGAUCCCAAAUGUGGCCAUCGUCAUCUCUGCCCUGGUUGGACUGGCAGGAAAUGCAAUUGUGCUCUGGCUCCUGGGCUUCCGCCUGCGCAGGACCGCCUUCUCUGUCUACAUCCUCAACCUAGCUGGAGCCGACUUCCUCUUCCUCUGCUGCCACAUUAUAGAUUCCGUGCUGGUUCUAAUCAAAUUUUUCUAUCCUAACACUAUCUUCCUCCCCUGCUUUACCACCGUGAUGAUGUUUCCCUACAUCGCAGGCCUGAGCAUACUCAGCGCCAUCAGCAUCGAGCGCUGCCUGUCAGUCCUGUGCCCCAUCUGGUACCGCUGCCGCCGCCCAAAACACACAUCUUCUGUCAUGUGUGCCCUGCUCUGGGUCUUGUCCCUGCUGUUGAGCAUUCUGAACAGGUAUUACUGUGGCUUCCUGGAUAAAAAAUAUGAGAAUAACUCGUGCUUGGCAUCGAAUUUUCUCAACACAGCAUGCCUGAUUUUUUUAUUUCUAACUCUCUUUGGGGCCAGCCUGGCCCUGCUGUCCAGACUCUUAUGUGGCUCCCAGAAGAUGCCUCUGACCAGGCUGUACAUGACCAUCCUGCUCACAGUGCUGGUCUUCCUCCUCUGUGGCAUGCCCUUUGGCAUCCACUGGUUUCUGUUAAUCUGGAUUAAGAUAGAUUUUAAUACAGUGUCUUUUGGUGUUUAUCUGUUGUCAGUAGUCCUGUCCUCUGUUAACAGCUGUGCCAACCCCAUCAUUUACUUCUUCGUUGGUGCCUUUCGGCAGCAGCUAAAGAAGCAGACCCUUAAGUUGCUUCUACAGAGGGCUCUGCAGGAUACUCCCGAGGAGGAUGAAUGUGGAAGCAGCUGUCCUCAGGGAACCCUGGAGAUGUCAGGCAGCAAAGUGGACCAGUGAUGAAAAGCCCCUGGCCUGGCAGUCAGAUGUGACUUUGGGACUCAACACUGUCUGGCUACAAAUGACAGUUGUCUGCUCUUCUCUGGGUCUUAUGCCCCUGAAAUGCCUCAGUGAUUCCUCAGUGUCUUUAAGAUUAUGUAAAUGUGACUUUCCUAAAUUUCCUAAGUUAUAAGCAUUAAUCUGAAAAUGCGCCAUCUCCAUCAUUCUUGAUAUUACCAAUAAACUUCUCAUGUUGACUUCCUCCAAAUAUUCUUAUUGGAUGCUUUUUGUUGUAAUGGAAAGAAUCCCUUUCUAAAACCAUAAUUGUCUUGUUUGUGAUUGUUUUCUACCUGAUAUUAUAGAAAAAGAGGAUACCAGAUGGUUUCCCAUGAAACAUCCUAUGGAACAACAUCCUCGGUAAUCCUUUAACACUCAUGAAAUCACUCAUGAAAUUAUUGAAGGGUUAUGGAAAAUA